ACAUCCAUGCAUGUACGGUACGACCUUUCAGUGCGUCUGCCUGUGAAGGCUGCGCCUACCGAGUGGACGUGAAGGAGCCGAAACACGACAAUUUAAAAGCAUAAACCCACUGUUAAUGGGUUUAUUAGCACAUCAGCCGUUGCUUUCGUCGCUCCCGUUUACCUCGACCGAUUGUUUUGGAUGGAUUAUAUUAUUCACGUCUCACCGAGAAGCCUUACAACGCCCAGUCAGCAGCGGCAGCCAUAGCUCCGUCAUUGACACUGGAGAAUACUGUAAUCUGCCUCUGCAAUGGCCGUCUUCAGUCACCAGGUGCUCCUCGCAGUGACAAGAUCAAGGGGAUCGUACUUAUUAUCCAAGAGGCACAGCUGCUCCUCUCUGCCUUCCAAAGCCUAUCUCCACAUAGACCCUUCUCGCCAGGUCUCGUCCUUCACACUCAGGCACUCCCGCUACGGCUCCCCCCACGGUUACCGAGACCACGCCCUCGGCAGUGGCCACAACUCCGCCCUGCUUGUCCGCUCUCUACACAGCUCAGGUAUUUGGCUCCAAGACAUAAAACAGGAGGACACUAAAACUUCACCAGCUGCUGCCCAGGAUGCUUCUCUAGGAGCUAAAAAGGACUCUGUGGCCGCUGUACCCCAGUCCCCACCUCCAUCAGUUCCCUCUCCGCCGUCCUCCGCCACUACAACUGCCGCCCCUCCGGUGAAGGAGAGGGCAGUCGUGAAAAAGGCUCUGUAUCAGAGGAUUGUGGAUGAGUUGAAGCAUUACUACAAUGGCUUCCGGUUACUCGGCAUUGAUAUCAAGAUUGCUGGCAGGAUGGUGUGGAGGCUGCUGCACGGACAACUGCUCACACGGAGGGAGAGGAGAAGGCUGUUGAGGACCUGCGCUGACCUGUUUCGUCUGGUGCCCUUCACAGUGUUUAUCAUUGUUCCUUUCAUGGAGUUUCUUCUUCCUGUCUUCCUAAAACUCUUCCCAGAAAUGUUGCCCUCCACCUUUGAGACAGAAACCAAAAAGGAGGAGAAGCAGAAGAAAGGUCUGGCAGCUAAGUUGGAGCUGGCCAAGUUUCUCCAAGAGACAAUUGCUGAGAUGGCUCGAAGGAAUAAAGCAAAAGCUCAAACAGAAGAUGAGACACAGCGCUUCUCUACAUAUGUACAGAAGGUUCGGGGCACAGGCGAGCAGCCCACCACCAAGGACAUUGUCCGGUUUUCGAAGCUGUUUGAGGACGAGCUGACGCUGGAGCACCUGGAGCGCCCCCAGCUGGUGGCUCUGUGUAAACUGUUGGAGCUGCAGCCCAUCGGCACUAACAACUUGCUGCGUUUUCAGCUGAUGAUGCAACUCAGAACCAUCAAGUCCGACGAUGAGAUGAUUGCAGCAGAGGGUGUGGCAGCUAUGAGUGUGUCAGAAUUACAGGCAGCGUGUCGUAGUCGAGGGAUGAGGUCUCUGGGUCUCACAACCGACCAGCUACAUCAGCAGAUGCAGCAGUGGCUGGACCUGCACCUGAAAGAGAAUGUUCCUCCAUCGCUGCUGCUGCUCUCUAGAGCCAUGUACCUGACUGACCUCAAACCAAAACCUCCAGUCAUCCCGCCUGUUCCCAAACUAGAGAAAGCUAACCCGCCUCCAGUGGAGAAUACAGGAACAAACACAACCUUAGUCAGCACUGACAUGUUGGCGGACCCUGCCGUCAUUAUCAAAGAUAGACCGGUGGAAGAGAUAAGAGACAAGGCUCCUGUGUUGUCGGACAAACCUUUGACGCCUGCUGAAGUCCUUCAGGCUAAAGCAGCAACAGAGGUGUCCCAGAAGAGCAAGAUGAGUGCCAACGGUGUGUAAAGUGGAGCAGGAGCCUCUGGACUGAAGGGAGGAUGGACUCAGCUCUGUGUCUUCGGGGGUGAGAUGGAUGACGGGGGUGUAUGCACUGGCUCCGUUCAGCAUUGUGUCUGACAUUGAUGAGACAACUCAUCUAGGAGUCGUGUUCCCUCCUUGUCCGUCUUUCUUGUUGACCUAAUGUCCUGGAUGCGGCGCCCGAACCACCCACGGCAGAGCCCGGUCAACUGUGUUUGAUGGUGUCUCUUUACAGUCUAGAUGGUCUCUUCCUCCUGUAAAUUUGUAGAUAUCCUGUAUAUUUUGUCUCUGUCUUACAUCGCAGCAGCAGCAGCUUUGUACAUUUUGCUAUGCAAAAAAAGGCUCUUGAAAAUGUUUUUCUCUCUUGGCAGUUUCAAUUUGUUUUAUUUGGAAACCUUUUUUGCUCUUCUUCAGGAUAUAAGAGAAGUCAUCUUUUUUUCCAGAUAAAUGUUGCUGAACUUUUUGGCUCAGUAGCUGUCCCACAUUCAUCUUUGCUCAGUAAACUGGACCAUACUGAUGGGCUGAAGCAGACGGCACGUUCUGAACCCGCGAUUGAAUAAAAAUCAAAAGGUUCAGUCAUUUUGUCAUGAUCUCAUUUGGUGCAGCUGCAGAUUUGAACCAGCCCUGACUCUAAACAGGGUGACAUUGUGUAGUUGCUUGCUGCUGUGAUUAGCAAAUAAAGACUAUAUGCUAUAUUAUAAGAGAGGUCGCUCCUUAAACCCAGAGGUGACUGUUGUAAAGUGCAGUCUGACGUCAGUGGUAAACCACUGAACAGACAAUUUGUAAAAACAAGGAAUGUGCAGAUUUUGUUUACAUAAUACAGUGUAUGAAUUGUGUUUGAACACUAUGAUACCAAUAUAUCUUCAAACUGAAAAGAGCAAAUUGAUGUUAUCCAAUAAGCUAAUUAUUGAAAUGGGGGAGAAAUGUAGCAAACAAAUGAGAUUGUUAUUUUUUGGUAUUGUGGCCCUAAAAAAUAAAUAAAUGUAAAGCAAUAUGAAUAACUGUCUUACUGCAUUGUAUUACCCCAAAAGCUGUAAUUGAAAGGUUUACCACACAAAUGUGUACUGUAUAAUUUUUUAUGUGUUUGACAGUGCUUAUUAUCCAUCCCUCCUUAUGCAUCUGACAUUGUUGGAGUACCUUUGUCUCCACACGUUUUUCCUUUAUAGCUAUUAAUCCAUAGGCACAUCCCAGUAGGGGAUUCCAUGAAUAAAAGGAUAUUUUUUAAACAAAAAAAAGAUUGCUAAUGAAGAUUUAUAUUAUUGGUUUUACAUAUGUGCCUAAGAUAAAAGGUCGAUUGUGUUUGCAUUUUUCGUCAGGACAGAUUUUCUACAUUGUACCGUUGUCCGUUUUUGAUUGAUCAUCACCUCAGUGUGUUUACAGCCCCCCAGUUGCACCUUUUCUCUUUAGUAGAAUGUCUCCCCUGUUUCCCUUCCCCAUUUGAUCCAUGUAUAAAUCCAAGUGUUUCACCUGUGUUGAUACUGAUGAAAAAGCAAUCACCUUUUCAAUCAGCUCUGCACUCGUGAUGCAAAGGAGAUCAAAAACUUAAAGUAAAAGAUCAAAAUCCAAAUAGUUGCUUUUUCAUCUCUGGUGUGUGCUCCAUAUUUGAAAGAAAAUCUAACACAUUUUGAGUAGAUGUAAAACAAUUUAUGCAACAUUUAUUGCAUUUA